AUGCCUCGAGCAACCAUUCUGCCUCUAUCGACACCCUACCGCAUCGCAUUUCGGUCCCCUGUCGUUGCAGGAGGUCCACGCAAACAAAUCUCCACCUCCGCACCGCAGUCGAACGUUGAUCCUCUCGAUUCGAUAUUGAUAGCCAACCGAGGAGAGAUUGCUCUGAGAGUUACCCGCACUGCUGCUCAACAUGGCAUCCGUACGACAACCCUUUACACGAACCCUGACGCCAAAUCUCAACAUGCGCAUUCCUCACAAUGGGCCUUCAAUCUGGGAGAAACGGGGGCUUAUCUUGACCAGGACAAGAUACUCCAUGUUGCAAAGUCACAGAAGUGUAAAGCAAUCCAUCCAGGUUAUGGCUUUCUCUCAGAAAACGCUGCUUUUGCCAGGAGGUGCACAGAAGAAGGAAUUGUGUUCAUUGGACCUCCAUGGAAGGCUAUUGAAGACAUGGGAGACAAGGCAAGGAGCAAGGAUAUCAUGAAUAAGGCGGGGGUACCAUGUGUGCCAGGCUAUCACGGUCGAGACCAGUCCCUAGAUACCUUGGCUCAACAAGCGGAGGAAAUUGGUUUCCCAGUGCUGAUCAAGGCUGUCCGUGGUGGAGGAGGAAAAGGAAUGCGCAUAGCAAGAUCAGCUGCCGAAUUCUCAGAAAUGCUUGAAUCGGCAAAAUCAGAAUCAAAGAAUAGUUUUGGUAAUGACGAUGUCUUGAUCGAAAGGUACAUCACCACGCCGCGACACAUUGAGGUUCAGGUAUUUGCAGACAAGUUCGGUAACUGUGUCGCCCUUGGAGAGCGCGAUUGUAGUAUACAACGCCGGCACCAGAAGAUCUUAGAAGAGUCACCUGCUCCGCAUCUGGACCCUCGAACGAGAAAUGAUCUCUGGGAGAAAGCCAGGGCUGCAGCUUUAGCAGUAAAGUAUGAGGGUGCGGGCACUGUGGAGUUCAUCUUCGACAAUGACUCUGGAGAGUUCUUCUUCAUGGAGAUGAAUACGAGAUUGCAGGUCGAGCAUCCAGUGACGGAGAUGGUCACUGGCCUUGAUCUGGUGCAUUGGCAAAUCAUGGUCCCAGAGGGUAGACCAUUGCCCCAAAAUCAAGAACAAGUCGAGGCUGCAAUCGGCACCCGGGGUCAUGCAAUUGAGGCUCGUAUAUAUGCUGAGAACCCAGCAAAAGGCUUCAUCCCUGAUUCUGGCAAGCUUUUGCACGUACGCCUGCCAACGCAAACCGAGAAUGUCAGGGUUGACAGUGGGUUUAUCGAAGGUGACGAAGUGUCCAGUCAUUACGAUCCGAUGAUCGCAAAGUUGAUUGUAAGAGGUGACACUAGAGAAGAGGCAGUGAGAAGUCUUACCCUAGCUCUUGACGAGUAUGAAGUCGCAGGCCCGAUCACGAAUAUUGAAUUUCUGAAGAGACUGUGCAAGUCUGAGGAUUUCUUGCGGGGUGCGGUAGAAACAGGCUACAUUGACAAGCAUCGAGAUGAGCUCUUCACUCCAAAGCGCCUCGACGAUGAGAUCUUAGCACAAGGCGCUAUCGCUUCAUUCUUUCAGAGCUCCUUCUCGAAGUCGCCAUCGCCCUUGAGAGCAAGUAAUGCCUUAGCAUGGCUAUCACCCUAUUCUGACUUUCAGUCCCGUGUAUUCCAUUUUCUAUCCGCCGAUGAAGAACCGAAGCUCGGUGUGAAGCCGCAUCCAUAUAGCGUCCAUUUGCGUCAAACCAGUCCAGGCCGUUUCUCCGUCUCGAUUCUUGAGUCUCAAACCUUUAGGGAUGUUGCAUGCUCAGCGAACUUUGAUAUUUCAACGUCAACUUUGACUACAUAUUUCCCAAGCACUCGUCUCACAUCCCGUGUCAUCAUUCCAUCCUCCGCCAUCAGGUCCUCCGCAACCUUACCUAUCCAUAUCUUUGCUCGGGGCAGUCUAUACCGCCUCCUUCCUGCACCGCCCACCUGGCUAUCUGCAGCCCUUGGCGUCACUGAAAAUCCGAAUUCUUUACUGUCACCCAUGCCAUGCAAGAUUUUACGUGUUGAUGUGCAAGCAGGAGACGUGAUGAAGAAGGAUCAAGCAUUGCUGAUAAUUGAAAGCAUGAAAAUGGAAACAGUGAUCAGAAGUCCAGGCGAGGGUCUGGUCGUGAAAAGAGUAGUUCAUGGCCAGGGAGAAGUCGUAGGGUCGGGUGUUGAGUUGGUAGAGUUUGAAGACGUGGGGGAGAAGCUUGAUUCAUGA